AUGGAGCGAGCUGUAUCAGACCCUGAGCCCGCUCACGGCAUAGUUUCGCCUGUCAACUCCUCGUGGCAAAAGGGUCCUCUUUCGCCAGACGACAAGGAAAAGGUCACCAAAGUCUUGGCUGCCUGUCGCAAUCGAGAUCUCCAGACUCUAGCGCAUCUUGCAACUUCCCAAGGCGGUUUAAUCGAAGACGAGGUCAGACGCACGGCAUGGCCAAUAUUGCUGGGAUGUCACGAGCAUCACUCGUCAGAGCAGGCUGAUUGGACCAAGUUGGAGCGGCACAGAGACGAGGAGCAAGUCGAGCUCGAUGUCAAUCGGUCGUUUGUGUACUACCCCGAGAAUGAAUCGAAGCAGCGUCUAGACCGCCGCAAAUCAGAGCUGUCAGACUUGAUCACGUCGGUCUUGCGACAGCACCCCAUACUGUGCUAUUUUCAGGGCUAUCACGAUAUCGUCCAGGUCCUGCUUCUUGUCCUGGGAGCUGAUGGCGCCGAGGCGGCUGUCGCGCGGCUAUCGCUGCUGCGUAUCAGGGACUUCAUGCUGCCGACAUUGUCCGGUGCCGAGUCACAUCUUCACCUGCUUCCAGCUAUCCUCUACGCCGCAGAUAAGGAGUUGUACCAACACCUAUCAGGUGCCACACAGCCGACGCCUUUCUUCGCACUUGCUGCAACUUUGACGCUGUAUGCACACGACAUUGAGGAAUAUGGAGACAUUGCGCGUCUGUUUGAUUAUUUGCUGGCCAGCGAAGCUGCUGUGCCAGUCUACCUAUUUGCAGUGAUCGUCAUGUCUCGCAAGAAGGAAUUGUUGGAAAUCGACCACGACGAACCCGAAAUGCUCCACUCAAUCCUCGCGAAACUUCCCAAACCCCUGGACAUCGAAGGCCUAAUCACAAGAACCCACACCCUCUUCACCCAACACCCGCCACAACACCUCCCCUACCGCGCUUGGAGCCGAGUGAGCAACUACAGCGUCCUCAAAACCACCCGCGACCCGGACGCCUUCGCCCAACAAACCCUCUCGUACGGCGAAGACCUCUUCCAGAAACAAGCGGCGCAGAUCCGCAGGCAGGACGCCGUCAAACGCAUGCGCGAAAGGAUCCAAGUGCUUGGAUAUCGCUACCGUCGGCCGGCCCGGUGGACCGGCGCCGCGGUGCUCGUUGCUGUGUUGGCGCUGUACUUUGGCCGGGCCAACGGCGCCGGCGGAUUGGGAGAGUGGAUCUCAACGGCGUUGAGUGCGCGACACAGAGUGGGUGAGUUGGCACAGCAGGUGUUGAGCCGUUUCUGGUAA